UACGACCGGACACAUUUGUGCGAAGGGGCUGCUUAACGAGCGGUCAGCAGAAAUGAGGCUCACAACUAUAGAUCGUAAACAGUAGCUGGACCUCAGAGCUCAGCAGCCCUUGCAUCGGUUGCGAAAGCGCUACUUUACAGUGUCGCCUAGCGCGCCCUGCGCGCAAGCCAUGGACCAGGAGGCCCAGGAUGCCAUGCUGAUUGUACAUCUUUCAGAAGCAUUCAAUAAGGACGAGGUGUGGCAGCUGGCCGCCGCAGAAGCAUGGAGCAAGGCCACGAAUCUGGAACGUGUGCUAAUUCGCGGUAGCACAGAGGCCAAACAGCUGAAGCUCGUGGAUGUGCUUAUCCGUAAAACCUCGGCGGCUGGCCUCGGUGCGGGGAGCGCGGCUGGAGCCGGCUCCGUCUACAAUGCCACCCUGACCGCCUUCAUCCAGGCGCUGCAGAACGCUGAGGUUGAGGACAUCGGUGAUGGCAUGUCCCUGCUGUCGUUCGACUCCAACACAUUCUUUCCAGAUGACCUCGAGCGAUGCCACCAUGCCCUCAUGGUCCGCGACAUUUUCCCCACCCUUUUCAAGCGGCUUCAGCAGCAGAAGGCGUGGCUCCUGACUGGCGUCCCUGGUACUGGCAAGUCUUGGUUUGUCUGGUACGCAGUGUACAGCCUGCUACAGCUGAAGGACCCCCCCUUAAUCGUCUGGCAGUCUCGCAAAUACAAUUCGCGGCGAUGUGUCCUCUUCAAGGCCGGCAAGGCUUACGUUGGUGAUGACGACAGCUUCAUGGAGGAACUUGAGCAGGAGUCAACCUGGUUCUUUACUGACGGCAUCAUGCCACCGAACGUCGCGGCUCACACCAUAAUGAUCUGUUCUCCCAAGCUCUCCAUUUAUAAGGAGUGGGUUAAGGGGCGCGAUGACAUCACACUCACCAUGCCGCUGUGGACGUGGCCUGAGAUUGAGGCCUGCUGGCAGCGCCUGUAUCGCGACAACUCAAAGCUACCCCUGGAACGUGUGAGGCGCCGCUUCGAUAUGUACUACGGUGGCGUGCCGCGGCUGGUGCUGGAGUUGCCGUCGCGGCCGGGUUACACUGAGCCGGACGAUGCAGUCGUCGAGAGAGCACUCGGCACCACAAGCCUCGAACAGGUGAUUAAUACUGUAGGCUCCUACGAUGCCGCCCCGGAGGCCAGCCACCGCAUCGUGCACCAGGAUGGGGACCGCAGCACAUUCAGCCAGCUUGAGUACUGCUUUGCCACUCCCCACGUCGGCAGCUUGUUUACCGAGCGGGUCAGCUCGAAGGGCCUUGGUGCACAGCUGGCGUCUUACACGUCGGAUGAAGGUUGCUUCAGCGGCCUCUUUUGGGAGCCCUACGCCCACCAGGCUUACAUCAAGGGUGGCGAGUUUGAGUACAAGGUUCUAAGCGUUCCUUGCAGUGUCCCCCGCACGGGCAAGCGGGGCCAGCCCCCGAACGCUGUCUGUGAGGAGAGGGAAAUGGCGGUUACUGCAGCUACUGGCGGGAAAUCGAUGGUGAUGACACAGCAGCCGCUCAAGCAGGUGCAGUUUCUGGCGGCAGGCAAACCGGAGGAAAUUGACGUUCACUUCAGGGAGGCAGUGGAAUCAUGCACGGCGCCUGCCUACCUGCGACCGUCCCAUGGCCGCCACCCAUGCAUCGAUGCCUGUGUCCUGCCAGACAGGCUGCUGCAGAUAACAGUCAGCAAGAAGCGCAAGGCCGUCGACGAGGAAAUCCUAGAGCGGCACCUGCAGUGCCUGCCUCCCCGGGACGUGUACUACCUUGAUUACGUUGUGCCCGCAAGCAGCUUCCAGGCCUUCAAGGUGCCCGAUCUGAAGCGGACUCCAGGAUCACGCGUGGCGAAGACGACUCAGCGAGUAGUGAAAAUUAACUCCAUAAAGUAGCAGGCGGCAUCGAUGCUCUGUUGCUGAAGAGGUCGUGGUGUGCAUGUAGCUGCUGAAUAUGCAUGUAAUGUGAAGCAUGCC